GUGUCUUCAAACAGGACGGACUAUGAAGCUGAAGGAACUUGGGUGGCCAGCUGUUCAAGUGUGGAGCCCAGUCAACCAGUACCCUGUGUAUCUGGCCACAGGAACAUCUGCCAAGCAGCUAGAUGCCUCCUUUAGCACAAAUGGCACGUUGGAAACCUUUGAGGUUGAUUUCGAGGACCCUUCCCUGGGCUUGAAAUGCAAGGGAGUCCUUUCUGCCUCAAACAGGUUUCACAAGCUGAUCUGGGGGAGCUUUGGCAAUGGGCUUCUGGAAGGCUCCGGGGUUAUUGCAGGUGGCGGAGACAAUGGCAUGCUUACUCUGUAUAGUGUGACCCACAUCCUGUCUUCAUGGAAGGAGCCUGUGAUUGCCCAGAGACAGAAGCACACGGGGUCUGUCAGAGCACUUGACUUUAAUCCUUUCCAGGGCAACCUGGUAGCCUCAGGGGCCAGUGAUUCUGAAAUCUUCAUUUGUGAUCUGAAUAACCUGAGUAUGCCAAUGACCCCAGGAUCCAAGUCACAGCAGCCCCCAGAAGACAUCAAGGCACACUCUUGGAACCGGCAAGUCCAACACAUUCUGUCUUCUGCUCACCCCAGUGGCAAGGCGGUUGUGUGGGAUCUCAGGAAGAAUGAGCCUAUCAUCAAAGUUAGUGAUCAUAGCAACAGGCUGUGCUGCUCAGGCCUGGCCUGGCACCCAGUCAUAGCCAUCCAGGUAGUGAUAUGUUCAGAAGAUGAUCGUCUCUCAGUGAUUCAGUUGUGGGACUUGCGCUUUGCCUCCUCACCUCUGAAAGUGCUAGACAGCCACAGCAGGGGGAUCUUGUCAGUAUCAUGGAGCCAGGCUGAUGCUGAGCUGCUGCUCCGUAGUGCCAAAGACAGCCAGAUCUUGUGCUGGAAUCUGGGGAGCAGUGAGGUGGUAUAUAAGCUACCCACACAGAGCAGCUGGUGCUUUGAUGUGCAGUGGUGCCCUCGAGACCCCUCAGUGUUCUCUGCUGCCUCCUUCGGUGGCUGGAUCAGUUUGUAUUCCGUGAUGGGUAGGAGCUGGGAAUUCCAGCACAUGAGACAGGCUGACAAGAUCUCCUCUUCCUUCAGCAAAGGCCAACCUCUCCCACCACUGCAGGUGCCCGCAUCAUUGAUACCUCCCCUGAAAAAGCCCCCUAAGUGGAUUAGAAGGUCUGCAGGCAUUUCAUUUGCUUUUGGGGGGAAGCUGGUUACCUUUGGCCUCCCCAGCAGCCCUGCCCAUCAGGUGUCACAGCCUUGUCCUUGCCUGGUCUUCAUCAGUCAAGUCACCACAGAAUCUGAAUUCCUGAUGCGGUCAAUGGAGCUGCAGAAGGCUCUGGAAUCAGGAAGUCUCUGGAAUUAUUGUCAGAACAAGAGCCAGCAAGUGUCACUGCAAAGCGAAAAGAUGUUCUGGCAGUUCCUGAAGGUGACCUUAGAGCAAGACUCCAGAAUGAAAUUCCUAAAGCUAUUAGGAUAUAGUAAAGAAGAGCUUCAAAAGAAGGUGGCCACACGGUUGAAGAGUGACUUGGGGCUAGGUGAGAGCCCUCAGUUCAAGAGAGAUGACCUCAACAGUAAUGGACAACAGGCCUUCUACAGCCAGGCCUCCAAACACACCACAGAGGAAGCCUCUGCCUCCUCAGCUUUCUUUGAUGAAUUGGUCCCUCAGAACAUGACUCCUUGGGAGAUCCCCAUCACAGAAGACACUGAUGGACUCCUGAGCCAGGCUCUCCUGCUUGGGGAACUGGGUCCUGCUGUGGAGCUAUGCCUGCAGAAAGAGUGCUUUGCUGAUGCUAUCAUCCUGGCCCAGGCUGGGGGUUCAGAUCUGCUGAAGCAAACACAGGAGUGCUACUUGGCCAAGAAGAAAGCCAAAAUCUCCUCACUUUUAGCUUGUGUUGUGCAGAAGAAUUGGAAAGACAUGGUGUGUGCCUGUAGCUUGAAGAACCAGAGAGAGGCCCUGGCCUUGCUACUGACAUACUCAGGACAAGAGCAAUUCCCUGAGCUCUGUGACAUGUUGGGAACUCGCAUGGAGCAAGAGGGUGGCAGGGCCCUAACGUCUGAAGCCAGAUUCUGUUAUGUGUGCUCAGGGAGUGUGGACCAGCUGGUAGAGAGCUGGGCAAAAUGCCACCAGGCUUCGUCCCUCAUGGAUCUGCAGGACCUGAUGGAGAAAGUGAUGGUUCUUAACAGGAGCUUGGAGCUACUGCAGGGUCCUCAUAGAGUGAGCCCAGGUCCUGCCACAACCUACAGGGUUACUCAGUAUGCCAACCUCUUGGCAACCCAGGGCAGCCUGGCCACUGCCAUGAGCUUCCUGCGUGACUGUGCUCAGCCAUCAAUGCAGCAGCUAAGAGGUCGGCUUUUUCAUGCCCAAGGUUCUGCUGUCUUGAGCCAACAAUCUCCCCCUUUUCCCUUCCCCCGGGUUGUUGUGGGAGCUACCCCCAACUAUAAGGAGACAUCAUCUUACAGAUUGGGAUCCCAGUCUUCUCACCAGGUUCUAACUCCAUCUCCAAAACCAAGGGUUUUCCCACCUCAGUCAUCACUAGCGAUGCCAUUGACACCUUCCCAUCCUAGCUCUCAUCAGGGCUCCAGGAUACAGAAUAUAAGUGACUACAGGGCACCUGUCCAGGCAACCCAGCCUUUGCCUUUGGGUAGGCCUGCUUUAUCUCAGCCACAGCUGUUAGGAAGGCAAAGGGCUCAAGCUCCUAAUCUUGUGGGAUUCCCUGGAACAUGGCCUCUUCCUGGUCCCCCUCCACUUAUGUUAUCCCCAGACAUCAUGCAGCCUGGCUCUACCUCCCUGCCUGAGAGACCUCUGCUUCCUAUGAGACCACCAGAUCCCAGCCAUAUGAGCUACCAGCCCCCAGCCCCUCCUGCCAGCUUCCCUGUGGCAUACCUUUCUAGAGGGGCGGGUGCUCCAUGCCCUAGUGCCCUCCCAACCACUGGCAUCCUGACUCCUCAUCCCGGACCUCAAAAUUCCUGGAAAGAAGCUCUGGCCCCCAGGGGAAACCUCCAGAGGAAAAAGCUGCUAGGGACAUUUAUGCCCCCAGCACCAAUUACUGCUCUAGUUAUGAGCCUCAACCCUGAGCCACAAGCGUUCCUUCCCCCACAACCCACUGUCUCCAGUGUGAAUCAUGCUCUCCCCGGAGCUUCAGGAGAGUUCAGCCUGCAGCAACUGCCACCUGAGAAGAUGGAAAGGAAGGAGGUGCCCCCAGUGCAUCAGUCCUUGAAGACCAGCUUUGAGGCAUUUCUCCAGCACUGCUCCCUGUCUGCAACUGACUUAAAGACAAAAAGGAAGCUGGAUGAGGCAGCCCGACGUCUAGAAUGUCUAUAUGAGAAGCUCUGUGAGGGGACACUCUCGCCUCCUGUCCUGGCUGGGCUCCACGAGUUUGCCCAAUGUGUGGAUGCAGGCAACUUUGAGCAGGGUCUCGCAGUGCAUGCCCAGGUGGUGGGCUGCAGCAGCUUCAGCGAAGUGUCCAGCUUCAUGCCUAUCCUCAAAGCUGUCCUCACGAUCGCUCACAAGCUGCGGGUCUAA